AUGAAUUCUGCGACCUUAAAUCUACUCAUCACUGAUAAAUUAAAGGGCGAAAACUACACUUCAUGGAAAAACAUGAUCAACACAAUACUUAUAAUCGAUGACCUUCAUUUUGUCCUUAUGGAGGACUGCCCUCCCAUUCCAGCUCCAAAUGCUACUCAAAAUGUUCAAGAAGCAUACGAGCUUUGGACACGGACAAAUGAAAAGGCUCGAGUGUAUAUCUUGGCGAGUCUUUCCGAAGUCUUGGCCAAGAAACAUGAGCCCCAUGCUCACAUCAGUGAGAUCAUGGAGUCCCUAAGGAGAAUGUUCGAACUACCGUCCGCACAGCUUAGGCAUGUCAUUCUCAAACACAUCUCCAAUGUCACCUUCCAGUCCUUGAUGAAAUUAAAGGGACAGAAGGAUGAAGCAAAUGUUGCUUCAUCGUCUAAGAAGUUUCACAGAGGUUCGACCUCUGGGACAAACUCUAUACUUUCUUCCUCUGGAACCAAAAAGUGGAAGAAAAAGAAAGGAGGGACAUUGGAAGAGGAAUUAUACCCAAUACUUGGUGGAAAAGAAGAAGGCCAAGCAAGGAAAUUAGUUCUUGGUAGCAACUUGAUGAUGACGAUGCGGGUUGGAACUUGA